GUAGCUACAGUCAAUGACUGGUAACAUGAAUCAGGCAACAUCCUUGGAACCACCUGGAGCCACCAGUCGGAGAGUCGGAGCUCUGCUGAUUAAAGGAUGACUUCCAAGGUUCUCUGUGACACCUUUCCCCCUCCCUGGCAUUCGUUUCUGAUUGGAUUCCUUCUUCAAACCUCGACUUCCAUGACGACAGCAGCGAGGUCAGCAUGACGAUUGCUGCUUGCAAUGGUUUCAGGAAAAGGAAAGCAAAAAAGGGCUGGUGCUGGACUGCUGCUUCCUCGUAUAUAACGUAUAUAACGUUCAUAACCUCCACCUUCCUUCUCCCUGCCUCUUUAUCCCCCGCAUCCUCUUAUCGAUAACCAUCACUUAUCGCUCUCCAUCCUCCAACAUCACCACCACCACCAACAACAACAACACCAUCAUCAUCAUCGCAGACUGCCAGCUGCUAAACAUCCUCACGAUGAUCGAGACCUUCCUCAAGGACACUAUUCCCGGGGUCACUUCCACCUCGACUGUGGCGCCCAUUCCCACCGUCGUCCCCGGUAAUGAGCCCAUUUUCCAGGAGAUCCACGAUACUGGCAAACGCACAUUAUGGGUUGUCACCGUGCUCAUGGCCCUUUCCUCCCUGGUCUUCUACGUUUUGGGAGCUCGUGUACCACUGAGCAAGCGCGUCUUCCACACCCUCGUCUCCCUCUCCGCCACCAUCUCCUUCAUCAUCUAUCUCGCCCUCGCCACCGGCGGCGGCAUCACCUGGAAAGUCGACACCGUCAAACUGCACAACAAGCAUGUGCCCAACACGCACCAGGACUACUUCCGCCAGGUGCUGUGGCUGCGCUACGUGCUGUGGUUCCUGACCGAGCCGCUCAGCCUGAUUAGCUUGAGUCUGCUGUCCGGUCUUCCCGGUGCUCACCUGCUGGUGGCCAUCGCCGCCGACUUCGUCAUGCUGGGCUCGGGUCUGCUGGGCACCUUCGCCGGCCACACCUCGCGCCGUUGGGUCUGGUUCACCAUCAGUGCCAUCGGCUACCUGACGACCGUGUACCACAUCAGCGUGAACGGGGCCCGCGCCGCCAGCAACAAAGAUAACCAGACCCGCAAGUUCUUUGGAACCAUCUCCGGCGUGACUCUGUUGGUGAAGGUUCUGUUCCCUGUCACCAUCGCCGCAGGCGCCUUGGCUCUGAAGAUCAACGUCGAUGUGGAGACUAUUUUGUUUGCCAUCUACGAUAUCUUCUCCCAGGGGCUGAUCGGAUACUGGCUGAUCAUUGCUCACGACAGUGCUCCGGGAAUUACUCUCAACGUGGACGGCUUCUGGUCCAACGGUAUCGGCAACGAGGGCGCCAUCCGUAUCGGUGAGGAUAACGGAGCUUAAAUUGCGUCAGAGUUGUAUGUCUCUCGAGGAGAGUGAGUGACAAGUGUUGAUGGAAGUUCCGCUGGGGGUUCAAGUUCGGGAGGCAGUGAGACCAGGAGGGGUUUAAUAUGACUGAGCGCUGGGCGCAUCCGUUUGGCAUUACCACGUAACGGAUCGUUUUGUGUUUCCGAACUUAUGGUUCUAAUAUUGUGGACGGAGGAUCGAAGUAUGGAACGGGAUAGUAUGCUGCUACCAUGCGCAUCGGAUAGCGAAGGAACGAAC